CUCGAGCGCGACGUUUCCACGCCUGAAGAAGUAAAAACAAAGGAAGGAGAAGACAAUGACCCCGGAUGCUGCAGCAACCGGAGGAAGAGGACACAGUCCAUCCGCCGCCGAAAGAGGUUGCGGCGUGGGCCCGGUCGUGAUGCUCUGGUGGUGCGUCCUUCUGUUGCUGCUGACCUUCUCCGGCCCCGCCGCCGCCGCCGCCUCCUUCAAUGUCGUCAAGAACUUGCCGGGCUACGACGGCGAUCUCCCCUUCUAUCUCGAAACCGGAUACAUAGGCGUCGGAGAAUCGAACGAAUCCCAGUUGUUUUACUACUUCGUGGAGUCGCAGAGGACGCCGUCCGAGGACCCACUGAUGCUUUGGCUCACCGGAGGGCCCGGUUGCUCCGUCCUCUCCGCUUUCCUCUACGAAGGCGGUCCGCUGGCCUUCACUUAUGUGGGAUACAAUGGGAGCUUACCAUCGCUGCAUCAGAACCCAUACGCAUGGACACAGGGCCUCAACAUGAUAUUCGUCGAUGCGCCGAUAGGAACCGGGUUCUCUUACUCCACAACCCCCGAAAACUACUACACAGACGACUUCAAAUCUUCGAAUGAGACCUAUGAAUUCCUGCAAAAGUGGUUGCUCAGUCAUCCUCAGUUUAUUGAGAAUAUGCUCUACAUCGGUGGGGACUCGUACUCAGGCAUUCCUCUUCCGAUCAUCGUCCAGAAGAUAUUCGACGGAAACAUGGUUGGUGAGGAGCCAUAUAUGAAUCUCAAAGGGUAUCUGCUUGGGAACCCAAAGACAGACGAUUUUCUCGAUGAUAACUCGAGAAUUCCGUUUGCUCACCGAGUGACGCUCAUAUCAGACGAACUCUUCGCCGACGCCGAGGAAGCUUGUGGCGGGAAUUAUGUCGACGUGAAUGCUAACAACACAGAAUGUUUGGAGGACAUCGAGGAGAUUGAUGCGUUACUCCUGCAAAUAAAUCUCAUGCAAAUCCUGGAACCCAAUUGUCAAACCGCAUAUUCAAGACCGAUCGAAGCAAAUAGAGGAUACAGAAGGGUCCUCGAAGAUAACUACGAAGGCUUUCUUGCCGCGCAGCCCAAUCCCUCACUAUGGUGUCGGGAGUAUAAUUAUGUACUGUCCGGCGUCUGGGCCAACAAUAAGGAUGUCCGAGCUGCCCUCGGUGUUCGAGAUGGCACAAAAGGAGUUUGGAAGAGAUGCAACAGCAGUCUAGCAUACACAAAGACGGUCUCGAGCAGCGUCCCUUAUCACCAAAAUCUCAGUAAUACGAACCUCCGAGCCCUUAUCUACAGCGGCGAUCAUGACAUGUCCGUCACCCACCUGGGCACACACUUUUGGAUUUACUCUCUCAAUUUGACUCUAUCGGACCAAUGGAGGGCGUGGUACGUCAACGGCCAAGUCGCCGGGUACACAGAAGAGUUCACACAUAACCAGUUCACUUUGGAUUACGCCACCGUGAAGGGCGGAGGCCAUGUUGCGCCGGAGUACAAGCCGAGGGAAUGCUACGAGAUGCUGGACCGGUGGCUUGCUUACUACUACUUGUGAUCCGAAGAGGCCAGGCCGACGUAUUCCAAGGCGAAUCCGGGUUUUACAAGGGGAAACUAGAAGCGUGAU